GUCAUCCCGAGACCACAGGUACUUAGAGUUAAAAACAGCAUAGCGGCUUCAUCAUACUACUAUGACCACCGUCGGCAUCGUGAAUCACCAAGAGCGACAACGUCACUACUCUCAGAUCGAUAACGAAAUCGCUACUCAUGUCGAAGCCACACGAGCGCUCUACACUCGCAGAAACAUGCUUUCACCCACCUGCUCCAUACCGGCUGAAGUUCUCUGCGAGAUCUUUGCCUUUGCAGCACCCUUGACGCCAGGCACUCCCCUCAUUGACCCACGCCACCUCCUUCUUCUCACCCAGGUGUGUAAACACUGGCGUGAAGUGGCCUUGAAUUUCCCACACCUCUGGUCCAUAUACGACACUGGGAUGAUGCCAAAGCAGUUCAUCAUGACUAUGCUGGAACGAGCAAAGGAGCAUCCACUGGAUAUAUAUGCCAAAGUCACCAAUGAGAACCAAGACCUUAUGGGAGAGUUCUUGUCACGGCUUCAUCAGACGCGUCUACUGUUUAUGGACUUCCCAACGUCUUACGCGACUACCCUUGCCGAACGUCUGACAUCGCAUUCUCCAACUAUCCUUCAAACACUUCAUCUUGUUGGAGCGCGUCCUGUCGUCGUGCAUCUUUCGCAAAGCUUGGUGGGUAACACACCUAAAUUGAACAAGAUGGUCCUCAGGAGAUGCGCGUUGCCCUGGCGUUUGCCGAUCUAUGGAAGAUUGACGCGGCUUGACCUUCUUGAUCUGGACAACCUCUCACCCAGCCCCAAAGACUUGUGGACUGUCCUGGAAGGUGCAACCUCCCUUGAAGUUCUAAAACUCAGUUUUUCACUCCGUCGUCGUCUGUAUUCGGUUCCGCCAACGUGGGACCUACCAAAGCUGGUAGAUCUGCCGAGAAUCAAGUAUAUAUCAAUAAAUGAAAAUUUCUGCUCAUACGCCCACUUCUUUUCGCGCGUUCGUGUUCCUCCCGAUGCUCAUAUAUCAGUCACCACAACACUUUCAGCCCGGGAUGCGGCACUUCUGGAAGGAAAUCUUCCUCCGAUGUCUCCCGAUUUCUUCUCUCUUCACCGCGCUGAGGGCCCGAUGAUGCCUUGCAACACACUCAAGAUCGGGAUAUACAACGGCCACAUUCGAUGCUCUGUUUAUGACAGGCACCUUGAGAACAAACGCACGUGCAAGCACCACGAUGAUCGCCUGGAGGACUGUCGCAUCUUCCUCGCUUACGUGUUCGACUAUCACAUUGACGACUUGGAGAUCAUCAGCCCAUUCAGCUCUUUCUGUCACGGCUCGCCCCUCAUCUCCAUCCAUACGCUCGAAAUUAUGGUGGAUCAAGACUAUCUCGGGGAAGUUCCGUGGUGUGUCAUCUUCCCCGCUUUACCUCGCAUCCAGCGUCUCCGCGCAAGUUUCAACAAUAUCAGAUCACUGCACAUGAUCGAAGCGCUCGCUCCUCGCUCCCGCGUUCUCCACGCUCCCCAGCUUCGCGAGAUUUCCUUGGAGCUCGAUGACCAUACUCAGGACACGACACGCUUGGGCGAGUGCAUGGCGGAUGCCCUUGAACAGCGCGCGUCGUUAGACGUCAAACUGGAUAAAUUGACAGGCAACGGGUUCUCCAUGCCCGAGCCGUAUCUCUCGAGGGUGAGAUGCGUGGUCGAGGAUGUUCAAGGAUUCGAAGAGAUUAUACGAUUCAGAUGGACUCUGCUCGUCGAUAAACCCACUAUCCUUGCCCGUCCAAAGAGGACGGCGAAGCGUUAUCGGGGCACACUUCCUAUCGAACAUGUCGAAGAUCUACCAUCAUAUGAGGAAGGUGAAGUGGAGGGAGGUGUCGAGGUGGACAUGCGAGACGAGAACAUUGCACGUUUGCCUCCCGAUGAGGAUACGCAAGACAAUGAAGAUGGUAUGGAUGGGGCGGUGGCGAGGAACUGGGGGAAGAGCUGCCCUGGACUUCGAGAGAUUGGGUUGACAAUGGGAGUGUUGUGGGGAGAGAAAGGGCAUGGAAGCGGAUGA